CUCUCUCUCUCUCUCUCCGGAAGAUCUGAAGGACUGAAGAUCAUGAGCGCUCAACUCGACCGUGUUUCUCCUCCUGAUCUCCGCGCGCACAGUCUCCGCAAGACCAAGAAAUAAAAUAAAAAAAAACACACACACUCUCUCUCUCUCUCUCUCUCUCUCUGUCUCUCUAUCCCUCUCAAAUAUUCACAGCAGCAGCGCCGGGAAUAAAGCUUCAUCCACGCUUGGACUCACAGUCUCGCAGUUGUGCGCUUUUAUUGAAUCAGUCCCUGUGUGAAGGCUCAAGGUGUGUGAUAUGAUGUUGAUGUGUGUUGGAUUAUUCAGCGUCUCUCUGAUCGUCUUUGUCCAGCGGCCAGCCGGAGCUUCUGUCAGCAAAAACCCGCAAGAUGUGGACGAGUGCGCCGAGGCCCUGGACAGCUGCAGUAUAGAUGCCAUCUGUCAGAACACCCUCAAGUCAUACAAAUGCAUCUGCAAAUCAGGAUACAAAGGUGAUGGGAAACACUGCGAAGAUAUCGAUGAGUGUGCCAGUGAAUAUAAUGGAGGAUGCGUUCACGACUGCAUCAACAUCCCUGGAAACUACAGAUGCACGUGUUACGACGGCUUCCGCUUGGCCCACGAUGGACACAACUGUCUGGAUGUGGACGAGUGCUCAGAAGGAAACGGUGGCUGCCAGCAGAUCUGUGUGAACAUGAUGGGGAGUUAUGAAUGCCGGUGCCGAGACGGGUUUCUGCUGUCCGACAACCAGCACACCUGCAUCCAGAGGCCCAAAGUGCGUUUUAAUGGGACUAAAGACGUGCCCACCUGCAUGGAUAAAAAUCACGGCUGUGCCCACAUUUGCAGAGAGACGCCCAAAGGAUCCAUCGCCUGUGAGUGCAGACCGGGAUUUCAGCUCACCAAGAACAGCCGAGACUGUAAAUUGACGUGUAACUAUGGUAACGGUGGCUGUCAGCACAUCUGUGAGGAGACGGACCACGGGCCCAGAUGUUCCUGCCACAUGAAGUUUGCGCUUCACUCUGAUGGGAAGACCUGUGUAGAGGAAAGGAGUGUCCAACAGCAGCCACUGCAGCCACAGCUGUUACCCAAUGAGACGUGCGCAGUCAAUAACGGAGGCUGCGACAGCACGUGUCAUGACGCUGUGACCGGAGUGAGAUGCAGUUGUCCGGUGGGAUUCACAUUACAGCCGGACCGCAAGACCUGCAAAGACAUUGAUGAAUGCCGCAUGAACAACGGAGGGUGUGACCAUGUGUGCAGAAACACGGUGGGCAGCUUCGAGUGCAGCUGCAAGAAAGGAUACAAACUUCUGACCAAUGAGAGGACGUGCCAAGAUAUAGACGAGUGCUCCUUUGACCGGGCGUGUGACCACACAUGUGUGAACUCACCUGGAAGUUUCCAGUGCUACUGCCACAAAGGUUACGUCCUCUACGGCGUGGCUCACUGCGGAGAUAUCGAUGAGUGCAGCAUUAACCGGGGCGGCUGUAAAUUCGGAUGCGUGAACACUCUGGGCAGUUACGAGUGUACCUGUCCUGCUGGUUACAAACUGCUCUGGAACAGGAAGGACUGUGUCGAAAUCGUGAAAUGUGCGUCCAGUCUGGUGUCCCCCAAAGCCACCCUCACUUGCAGUAAGACGGGGAAAAAGGAGAGCUGCUCUCUCACAUGUGCAUCCAAAGCACAUUAUCUAUCAGAAUCAGACAGCAGUUAUUCUGUGAGCUGUGGGAUACCCAUCCUGCGAGGUAAAUCCCAGAGCAGAUUAAACGCAAGCAACAUCCACACCUGCAUAGAGACUCAGGCUCCUCCAGUGAAGCAGACGGCAUCCUUUCGGAUCAAGAACGCCAAAUGCUACCUGCACCCGAAGCAUAAGGGGAGAGCGGAGGACAACGGCAGACAGAUCGGGCCAGGUGGUCAACCAUGCAGCAACUGCCUGGUCACAUUUGUUAACCUGAAGUGUGACUCGUCUAAGAAGUCCAAAGGUCGUCGAGCGCGUAACCCGUCAAGCAAAGAGGUCACACGCAUCACUCUGGAGCUGGAGGCCGAGGUCAAGCCAGGGGACACCACCGGGAGCUGUAACAUGAUGUGUCAAAGGCAGCGCAUGGAGCAGCAGAUGAAGUCGUACAUUAAAGCCCUGAAAAAAUCCAUUAACCAGGAGCGUUUCCUCAUCCGUGUGGCCGGGUUGGAGUACGAGGUCGCGCAGAAGCUCCCGCAGGCUGCACUGAGGCAGGAGAACUGCGGACCGGGCCGAGAGAAAGACAGCGGCCGCUGUGUCAGAUGUUUGCCUGGGUCAUACUACCAUGGUGAGCAGGAGCGCUGCGUCCACUGCCCACCUGGAACCUUUCAGGAGCGUGAGGGUCAGCUGGCCUGUGACCUUUGCCCUGGAGGAGACCGCCAUGGUCCACCAGGGGCCCGCAACAUCACGUCAUGUGCAGGUCAAUGUCCACCAGGGUAUUUCUCCAGCGAUGGGUUCAAGCCCUGUCAGUCGUGUCCCCUGGGAACGUACCAGCCCGACCCAGGACGAACUCUCUGUUUCCCCUGUGGAGGCGGGCUCGGUACCAAAAGAGAGGGUGCCAGCUCCUUCAAUGACUGUGAGGUCAAAGUGUUGUGUUCUCCAGGUCAUUAUUAUAACACCUCAGUCCACCGUUGCAUCCGCUGUCCUCAUGGAACCUACCAGGCUGAGUUCAGACAGAAUUACUGCAUCUCCUGCCCUGGAAACACCACCACUGACUUUGACGGGGCCAUCAGCGUCUCUCAAUGCAAGAAUCGGGAAUGUGGGGGUGAAAUAGGCGAGUUCAUCGGAUACAUAGAGUCCCCUAACUAUCCUGGAAACUACCCAGCCAAUGUAGAGUGUGUCUGGACCAUCAACCCUCCACACAAACGCAAGAUUUUGAUCGUGGUCCCAGAGAUCUUCCUCCCAUCUGAGGAUGAGUGCGGAGACGUCCUAGUCAUGAGGAAGAACUGGUCAGCGACCUCCAUCACCACCUAUGAGACAUGUCAGACAUACGAGAGGCCGAUCGCGUUCACGGCCCGAUCUCGCCGCCUCUGGAUCAACUUCAAAUCCAACGAUGUAAACAGCGCUCGCGGCUUCCAGAUUCCCUACGUCACUUAUGACGAAGACUACGAGCAGCUGGUUGAAGACAUUGUAAGAGAUGGAAGACUUUAUGCCUCUGAAAACCAUCAAGAAAUACUCAAGGAUAAAAAACUGAUUAAAACUCUGUUCGACGUGCUGGCUCACCCAAACAAUUACUACAAGUACUCGCCCCGGGACUCCACGGAGAUGCUCCCGCGUUCAUUCAUACGUCUCAUCCACAGCAAAGUCUCCGCUUUCCUGCGCCCGUACAAAUAAUCCAAGAGCUCCGUCCACAUCCACACACCUCCAGUCACCUGGCCUCGAGUCAACGGGAUCCUACACACAUUUAAAGGAAAUACACACGCGCACACAUAUUCAACAGCACACACACAACCACACUAUGCAGAUUUCAGAUGUUUCACUUCACUUUGCCCUUUUCUUUUUCUUGUCCGUCACCUCCGAGGAGAAAAAAGCUUCUGUGUAGUCUACAUGUAACGCAGUCGUAUCGAGUUUCCUUUCUCUACGUCACCA